UUUCGACACUCUUUCAUUGAUCGACUCUAAUUUAUUUCUACGGAUGAAGAGUGUAUUUUGAUGGGAAUUUUAUCAAUUCAGGAUACAUUCAGUGUCAAUAAAUCAUAGGUUUUGAUUUUAUUUUUAUUUUUUAUUGAUGUCAUUAUUAAUUUUUGAUGAUUUUUUCUUGAUAAAAGUUUAUUAGUUUAAUAAAUAAUAUUUAAUUUUUUUUAAAAUACAAGAAUAUAAAAAAUAAUGGAAUCUUAGGUUCUACAUUGAUAGUUUUUGUCCACAUGACAGUUUUUUAUGGUCUUCAUGACUAAAUGCAUUGAUCACUAUCCAUUUAUUCCACAUUUGUUACGUGGGUUAGAAACCAUUUUCAUUAUUUGCUAUUUGGCAUUGUUAAUAGAGACUUGACUUGGAUGCAUUAAGGAUGCUCUAAAUAUUGCACUGUCGCCUUCAAUAUUUAGGCUCUUCGAAACAAGCACGAGUGGUCGAGAGGUCGACCUUGUUUUUGAAGUAGUAACCUAGGAGACGAGCGACCAUACUAAUUUAUUCGGUUGCAUGUUUAACGUUCUUGACGCAGGAAGAAAAAAUGAGGUCGGCAAUGGUGAUUUGGUGCAAAUUAGGUAAAAAAUUCUAAAAUUGGGGAAACUCUAUACUACCGACAAUUUCCUAUUUUUAUUUUGAAUUUUAUUUAUUUAUUUUCUUUUUUACAUGUUAAUUAUAUAGUGUUGUAUAGGGGUGCGGUUGCAUACAUCUGAUCUCCCUGAUCUCACACAAUGUAAAAGUCUUUGCAUACACUUUUCAUUUUGAGAUGUAUAUAAAAUUUUCAUACACUUUUUCUUUUUGGUAAAUUUUUUCUUUAAAAAUACUCAACUAGCCUUACUUUUUUUCACUUUUUAUCCUCUCUUUUCUACUUUUCACCUUCCUUUUUCUUUUUUAUAAUGUUCAUUGCCCUACUUUUUUCCCUUAAAUCUUGUGUCAUAACUUAACUUAUGGAUCUUUAAAAUACUUUUUAUCAAUUAUAUUUCUAUUUUAAGGUGAAUGUGAUAGUGAAAGGAGUAGGUUAUCGGUGGAUCAUCAUUGAUUUAAAUCAUUUUCAUCAAAUGAUUAACGAGAGUCAUUGCACUUUAUAAAAGGUGAUAAUUCUUGAUUUAAGAGUUAGUGAUCAAAUCACCCUUUUCUUCCCUCUUCACGAUUGAAUUAUUACAAAAUAAAAUAAGUUACAAAAGGUGACUUCGUACACGGAACAAUAUUUCCUAGUCGCCGCAUACCCCAUUUCCCGACGAUCGUUCAAACCCCACCCAACUCACAGUCACCGACGCGUCAGCCGUUUUUACUUUUUUUUUUUAAUUAUAAUCUAACACGGAGAAAGUUGUUGGGUUUCUGCGAGUUCUUUAUAAACAAAAAUGGAUUACGUAUUUCUUCUUCUCCCAUUCAGACAGAGCAGUUUCUUAAUACAAUAAAUAAACUUCAUCAAAAAAAAAUACAAUAAAUAAAUUUCGGAGUAUUGUUACUAUUUUGACUCGCCCAUUUCUUCGGAUUCAUUCCCGGGACACUGCCAUGAACGCGCUUGCAGCUACCAACCGUAACUUCCGCCAGGCCGCCCGCAUUCUUGGCCUGGACUCUAAAAUCGAGAAAAGCCUCCUCAUCCCCUUCAGAGAAAUCAAGGUGGAGUGCACAAUUCCGAAGGACGAUGGAACUCUGGUCUCUUACGUUGGGUUCAGGGUGCAGCAUGAUAAUGCUCGUGGGCCUAUGAAAGGAGGAAUCAGAUACCAUCCUGAGGUUGACCCUGAUGAAGUAAAUGCUCUUGCUCAACUGAUGACAUGGAAGAGUGCUGUAGCAGAUAUUCCUUAUGGUGGGGCUAAGGGUGGGAUUGGGUGUACCCCCAAGGAUUUAAGUAAGAGUGAGUUAGAACGCCUUACACGCAUCUUCACCCAAAAGAUUCAUGACCUAAUUGGAGUCAAUACUGAUGUCCCAGCCCCUGAUAUGGGCACUAAUGCAGACUAUGGCUUGGAUUUUGGAUGAGUAUUCAAAAUUUCAUGGACACUCACCUGCUAUUGUUACAGGAAAACCCAUUGAUCUUGGGGGCUCCCUAGGAAGGGAGGCUGCAACUGGACGCGGCGUGGUAUUUGCCACAGAAGCUUUACUUUCUGAGUAUGGAAAAUCAAUUAAGGAUUUGACCUUCGCAAUUCAGGGAUUUGGAAAUGUAGGAUCUUGGGCAUCAAAGCUAAUUCAUGAAAGAGGCGGUAAGGUUGUUGCAGUUAGUGACAUAACUGGAGCUGUCAAGAACCCCAACGGCAUCGAUAUACCUGCUCUCAUCAAUCAUAAAGAGACAACAGGAAUGCUGACUAAUUUCAGUGGUGGGGAUGCCAUGGACUCAAAUGAGUUGCUAACACAUGAAUGUGAUGUUCUUAUACCCUGUGCUCUGGGUGGAGUGCUUAACAGAGAAAAUGCCGGGAGUGUGAAGGCGAAGUUCAUUAUAGAAGCUGCUAACCACCCCACUGAUCCCGAAGCUGAUGAGAUAUUGUCUAAUAAAGGAAUAGUAAUUCUACCAGACAUAUAUGCAAAUUCUGGAGGUGUGACUGUGAGUUACUUCGAGUGGGUUCAGAAUAUUCAAGGGUUUAUGUGGGAUGAGGAGAAGGUGAAUAGGGAGCUAAAGAAGUACAUGUCAAAGGCAUUCCAAAACAUAAAGAGCAUGUGCCAGUCACAUGACUGCAACCUUAGGAUGGGUGCAUUCACUCUCGGAGUCAAUCGCGUUGCUCGUGCUACUGUCUUGAGAGGCUGGGAAGCUUAAAUCACUUCCUUACCCUUUUCUUCUGCAUAUUACUAUCAUACUUCAUUGAUAUAUAUUGUCAAAAAUUUAAACAAGCUGUGGAAAAGCCUAGAUAAUUUUCUUGUUGUUUUCGUUAUGUACGCAUGAAAUUUCACUGACAAAUUGGAGUAUACUACACAAUGUGUAUCUGACAUUCAUUUCAAAUACAUUGUAGACAGAUUAUUACACAUGGUUGGAGUUCUUCACCUACUAUUGUUCUUUUUCUGGG